UACACACUUCGGAGUGAGAGAAAAGCUCUUCCCGAGUCCUGUCACUGGACAGACAUGUACCCAGCGCAAGAAGCAAUAAUUAAAUCAAUGAUUUUUCUCUUCAGCGACUAGCACUUGUUUUUCAAGCCCGUUUAGAGGUGCUACGUUUUUUCGCCCGCAGCCGUUUUUUAUCCGCGUUUAGAAAUCGUUCAAACGUUUGCGCUGGAUCUGUCGUGCCAGAAGAUGUGCGUGGAGAGCGAUGGAUGUGAGAUCGAGGGGUGCAGCAGUUCGGAUGAGGUGCACACGCUGUCUGGAAGCAUGAGCCCGACCCUUAAAUCCAGCCCGGACCUGCAUCCUUGCAGACCCGGACAGAAAUUUCGUGCCGCAUUACUUCGAUGCCGGUCUCCGUUCGUUGCCGCCGGUAUUCUGAGUUUUGGGAAUGUGCUCAAUUACAUGGAUAGAUACACCGUAGCAGGUGUACUGCUUGACAUACAGAAACACUUCGAAGUUAAUGACAGCGGAGCUGGCCUGUUGCAAACAGUCUUCAUCUGCAGUUUCAUGGUGGCCGCACCCAUUUUCGGUUACCUGGGGGACCGUUUUAACAGAAAGGUCAUUCUGAGCUGUGGCAUCUUCUUCUGGUCUUUUGUGACGCUGCUCAGCUCAUUCAUCACCAAAGAUUAUUAUUGGCUGCUGGUGCUGUCCAGAUGUCUGGUGGGUAUCGGAGAAUCAAGCUACUCCUCUAUCUCUCCAACCAUCAUUGGAGACCUGUUCACCAACAACAAAAGGACCGUGAUGCUCUCUCUCUUCUAUCUGGCCAUACCACUAGGAAGUGGUCUGGGAUACAUCUUGGGAUCCAUUGCCAAAGAUGCUGGAGGACACUGGUACUGGGCACUGAGGGUAAGAAAAAUGUGCAAAUCUCUCUCUCUCUGUAACAAUAUUUUAGAAGCAUGCGUAGCUUGCACAAACCCACAUCAUUUCCUUUUCGCCAGUUCAAAAAUAUCCCUAAAACCCAUGGCAGACAGGUGAAUCCCAAACUACUUUCUCU